GCCGGCGGGACGCGGGCGAUGGCGGCGGCUCGGGUGCUGCGGGCGGGCGGCUGCUGCCGCUGCCACCGCCGCCCGCUCUCUUCGCCCUCCUCGGCCGGCGCUGGCCCCGCGGCUGAGCGCCGGGAGCGGCAAGGCGGCGCGGGCCCGGGUUUCAUUCCCCCCGCUCACUCCCGUAGCGACUGGAUCGGCCCCCCCGACAAGCACUCCAACCUGCGCCCGGUCAUCUUCUACGCGCCCGCCGAGGAGUCGGCGCUGGAGCGGCGGCUGCGGGAGGCCCGGCAGGAGGCGCAGGCCCGCGACCAGCGCUUCUGGGCCCGCCACAACCGCGCCUUCACACAGGAAAAAGAAGAAUUUGUUUAUUCAAGACUGAAAGCCAAGGGUCUGGAAAUGAGAGAUGAAACAGGUCAAAAAGCAACACUGAAUGCAGAAGAAAUGGCUGACUUCUACAAGGAAUUUCUGAGGAAAAACUUCAGAAAGCACAUGCAGUAUAACAGAAUGUAUGAAAACAUGUCCACAAUGGUGUAUUUAAAGGAAGAGAAGUUGGAGAAGCUCACUCAAGAUGAAAUCAUUGCCAAAACUAAGCAAGUCAUUAAUGGACUCGAGGCGCUGAAGAAUGAACACAAUUCAAUUUUACAGAGCUUACUUGAAACACUGAAAUGUUUGAAGAAAGAUGAUGAGAGUAACCUGGUUGAAGAGAAAUCAAACAUGAUUCGAAAGUCGCUGGAAAUGCUGGAGCUUGGCCUUAGUGAAGCACAGGUAAUGAUGGCCUUGUCAAAUCACUUAAACGCAGUGGAAUCAGAGAAGCAGAAACUGCGUGCUCAGGUUCGCCGGCUGUGCCAGGAAAAUCAGUGGCUACGGGAUGAACUAGCCAAUACACAACAGAAGCUACAGAAAAGUGAGCAGUCUGUGGCUCAGCUGGAGGAAGAGAAGAAACAUCUAGAAUUCAUGAAUCAAUUAAAAAAAUAUGAUGAUGAUAUUUCACCAUCAGAGGAUAAAGAUACGGAUUCCACCAAAGAGCCUUUGGAUGACUUAUUCCCCAAUGAUGAAGAUGACCAAGGACAAGGAAUUCAACAGCAGCAUAGCAGUGCAGCAGCUGCUGCCCAGCAAGGUGGCUAUGAGAUUCCAGCAAGGUUAAGGACCCUCCACAAUCUUGUUAUUCAGUACGCGUCCCAGGGUAGAUAUGAGGUGGCUGUACCUCUCUGUAAACAAGCCCUGGAAGAUCUGGAGAAGACUUCAGGUCACGAUCAUCCUGAUGUUGCCACUAUGUUGAACAUACUUGCUUUGGUGUACAGAGACCAGAACAAAUACAAAGAUGCAGCAAAUCUCCUGAAUGAUGCCUUGGCCAUCCGCGAGAAGACUUUGGGCAAAGACCAUCCCGCGGUGGCAGCAACUCUAAACAAUCUUGCUGUACUUUAUGGUAAGCGAGGAAAGUACAAAGAAGCUGAACCGUUGUGUAAGCGAGCUCUGGAAAUCAGAGAAAAGGUUCUGGGGAAAGAUCACCCUGAUGUUGCCAAACAAUUAAAUAACUUGGCUUUACUAUGCCAGAACCAGGGUAAAUAUGAGGAGGUUGAAUACUACUAUCAGAGGGCACUGGAAAUUUACCAAACUAAGCUGGGACCAGAUGAUCCAAAUGUUGCAAAAACAAAGAAUAACCUGGCAUCCUGCUAUCUAAAACAGGGCAAAUUUAAGCAAGCGGAGACUUUGUACAAAGAGAUUCUUACGCGUGCUCAUGAACGGGAAUUUGGCUCUGUAGAUGAGGAAAAUAAGCCUAUUUGGAUGCACGCAGAAGAGAGGGAAGAAUGCAAAGGAAAGCAAAAAGAUGGCACAUCUUUUGGAGAAUAUGGUGGCUGGUACAAAGCUUGCAAAGUUGACAGUCCGACAGUAACAACUACCUUAAAGAACCUUGGGGCACUUUACAGACGACAGGGCAAGUUUGAAGCUGCUGAAACAUUAGAAGAGGCAGCAAUGAGAUCUCGUAAACAGGGUCUUGACAAUGUUCACAAACAGAGAGUUGCUGAAGUGCUGAAUGACCCUGAGAGCAUAGAAAAAAGGCGAAGCCGAGAGAGCCUCAACGUUGAUGUGGUAAAGUACGAGAGUGGUCCUGAUGGAGGCGAGGAAGUGAGUAUGAGCGUAGAAUGGAACGGGGACGGCACUGGAUCAUUAAAGCGCAGUGGUUCCUUUAGCAAACUUCGGGCUUCCAUUAGACGCAGCAGUGAGAAGCUGGUUAGAAAGCUGAAGGGAGGAAGUGCACGGGACAGUGAACCAAAGAAUCCAGGCAUGAAGCGUGCCAGUUCUCUGAAUGUUCUUAACAUGGGUGGCAAGGCUACUGAAGAUCAUUUUCAAGAACGAAAUAAUUGUCUGACAGACUCGAGAGCUCUGAGUGUCAGUCAUUCCGAUUUGGCGCAUUGAGAUGCUCGGCCAGAAGCUAGCUAAUGUUCCUGUGUGAAUAAAGAAGCACUGAGACCUUCAAAGCUUUGGUUCCUCAUCAUUACCUGUAGGAACACCUAGUUUGUAGAUUUUUGUUUUUUGUGGUGUUUUUUUUCUUCCAAUGGACUGCUGUUUUUACUUUUCUAAAUAGGGAUGAUUUUACACAGCAUUAGUGGGUAUUUUCUCCUAAAGGAAAGCGAUAUAGAUAGCUGUUGCUCGUUGCACUGCUCCCAUUCAUGCUACUUAUGUCAGUUUCUUUAAUAGAUCUGAACAUUACAGCAGGCAAAAAGGAGUGAAAACACAACUGUAUUUCAGGCAUACCAAAAUGCAAAGGCAAAUUGAAAUGUGUAGCAGUAACAUAUAUCCAGUGCUGGAAGGAGAAAAGGCUGCAUUGAUGCACGUGACUGUAUGGAUUCAUACAGAGCACAUACUGUGUUGGUGGGGCUCUCCUUUGCCCCCUCAGUGACUGUAACGUUCCAAACCGUGGCUGGCGAGGCAGCACGUAGGCACAGCUUCCUUAACCACUAGAUUGAGCUACUAAAUUGUACAGCAGAAGUGGCUUUGGGGUUCAGGUCUGUGUAGGUGGCGUGGAUAGCACUACCUGUGAGCAUAACUGUCGUACUCACCCAUACAAGGCUUAGGGCACAAUGGUCAGUGGAGACAGGACAGCUCUUGUCGAUCAGGAGAAACAGAAAACGUUUUGACUUGUCAUUUGUGCGGUUGAAGAAUCGGGGAGUUCUGCACUGCAGCUGUCCCAGAGCAGCUGCUCUUGCCCUUAGGGAAACGUCAAGCCUCAGGUUGACUUUCUUGCUUGUCCACUGGAAUUCCCACUCCCGUUGCGUUGGCUGAAAGCGCUCCUGCGUUUCCCUCCGCCCGUCGCAGAGCCUGCCUUCCCCCCAGGUGGCCAAGAGCAGGAGCCAGGGGGCUGUGAGCGCGGGGAGCAGCUGCCGUGGGAUGGAGCAGCUGCCGUGGGACGGAGCAGCCGCGUCGGAAGGAGCACACAUGGCUCGUGUGACCGCACAGCGGUCUGUACGCAGGACUGUGGCUGCAAACAAGUAUGUACCUUCUCAGUAUUUUAUAGACAACUAGCAUUUCCUUUUGUGUUUCUGUAAAGCUUGGCGUUGUAAAAACCCUUCUUUGUGUCAAGUUGGAUGGGAAAGUAAAAAAAGAACCACAACCAAGCAGUGUGUGUACAAAUGUAUUUGUGGUCACAGUCCUGAGCUGGAAGAUGCCCAGUGACACUGACCCUGGGAAUAGCUGGACUGUUCAUCCGAGGUUAGCGCCACCUGAAGGACGUAAAACACGGGGACCGAGGCAAGUCUGAGUGUCUGAACAGGCUCUGAAGAGUCAGUAGGAGUAGUACUUUGUAGAAGUGUUGGACUGGUUUUGCAUCUAGUUUUAAGUUGUAUAUGUAAUGCACUUGAUGAUGUUUACCAGGAGGUACCUCGUUUGCAGCUCCCUGCGGGACGCUGCCUGUGGUAUUCCUGCUGUCAAGACGGUUGAGGAACGGUGGAAUGUGAUGCUGCUAAUACGUAGAAUCAUAGCACAGAGUGGUGCAAUUCAUUAGUGAACUCGAGCAAGAACAGUGUUGCUCAGUUAUCUUAACAGUGUAUACUCAUACAAUGUAGACUCGAGUUUUAAUCUUUUUAUGAAGAGCUUUUUAUAUUAAAAAAUACUUAAUAUAUAUCCUUUUUUUCCCCCCUCCUCUAAAAGGAACAUGUUAUCUGCACUCACUGCUGAAGGCAGUUCUGUGCACAAAGCCCUCAGAGACCCUUGUUAGAAGUCUGGCUUCCAAAAACCCCCAACAAACCUGUCUGGACACAGACCUGCCUUUGUAACAAGGAGUUACUUGUUGUAUUCAUCUCUCAGUUUUGAAGGACCAUUAUUUUGGCAGCCUCUCAUGUAAGAAUUGUGUAAAUAGCAACAUGAGAUGUAACCCUGCCAGAGGACAGUGGACAUGAGGUUUACAAGUGCAAGGCCACAGUAUGUGGAUGGUGAGAGCGAGGGAAGGUUGUAAUUCAGGAUCAUGCUGCUGGUGGCAUUACUAGUACUGUGCUUUUAAAUGUUUUAUAUAGCAUUUUACAGUGUGUUGGAAGGUUUCAGCUGUUGAGCUACUGCUUAUUAAUUCAUACACUUAAAAGAAUGUUUGUUUUCAGAGAAGGAACAAAGGUCAAGCCUCCUCUCAUCUCCAAACACAGAAAUGAUAGCCAGGUCCAGGUUGGAGGGCACGAGGGGGAAGUACAAACUGAACUUUAAGGUCAACGUUCCUUCUGUUUUGCAUCGGGAAUGAAUUGCUGUCGGGCUGUGGAUUGUAUGCAUUUAAAUAUCGGGUGGGCUUCUCAGUUACCUUUUCUGUGAGAUGUUCUGUCUGAGUUUCCUCUGUUCUGGUUGUAGCCAACAAUUGGCAUAUGGUGUAAUUCUUGCAGAUCCUCAGCACUGAAACAGAUCAACAGCUCUGAUGAAACAGAAAACUAGGAAAGACCUUCCAAACUGACAGCCAUCUCCUGUGGGAAACUGCAGCCCUGAUAGUUGCUGUUUUGGUUUUAAUCUGGCAUGUUUGUUCUUGCCCAGAAUCCUCAGAGUGAGCUUCAUUAAAAAGCUGAGGUUAAUGAAGUCUCCAGAGCAGGGCAGCUGCUCUCAGUUCUCUGAUGGUGCGCAGCCUGUGCUUGUGGCAUGAAUCCUGACAGAGGUGCCUGUUGCCCUUCUCUCUACCCAGCUGUGUGCUGCUCUUCAGGAAUACUGGCAGUAUUUGGUGUUGGGUUUAGAUCUUGUUAAGUAUUAUUGUAAAACAUAACUGUUGUAUGAUUUGCUCCUCUUCUACAGGAACGACAGAACUAACGCUGCGAUGUUUGCGCUUGCAGCACUGCAGCCACAGAGCACUUAAGGAAAAGCAAUUGGGCACCUUAUCUAGAGUUUGUACCUGUUCUUACAAACACACAGGCUCUCUGGAAUGGUGGGAAAUUCAAAUGGUUUUAAGUUGGAGAAGGAUUGGUGGUUAAAUUGUAUCCCUCGGAUCCAGGAAUGUUGAGAGUGGUGUGUUUCUGUUGUAAAUACACCGUGCAAGGGGUGUGCAGUGCUUGGAUGGGAAGUGUGCUUACAAUACGUGAUGAGUUCAAGUUGCUUCAGUUUCUGUUGUGCAGACCAAGUGUUUUGUCUGGAAGCUGCUAAGAGAACUGUGUUCUUGGUGGCAUUGGCCUGUGUGGAGGGAAUAAAUGUUACAAGAUGUGAUGCUGUGACAUUGAGCAUUUCCUUGUGGCAGCCUGACCCGGCUGUGGCCACACUGAAGCCAUGGUAUCGAUGGUAUCAACAUUGGCUUUUCCUUUUGAAAUAGUUUAGAAUUGAGAGAGCUCUUGAAUAUCUACAUUGGGUUAUUUUUCUCCCCCAGCCCCUCACACCAGUCUCAGAACAGUGAGCAGUUGAGGUCAGCAGGGGUUUUUUUCCAAGAAGCCUGAAACACAGCAGAGCAAUAAGCGAGACACGGUGCCAGCAGCUGCUGGAGGUCAGAAGAGCUGGGCUCAUGCUCAGUGAAGUGGCAAAACUUCCUCUUCUGUCUGCUUUUAAAUAUGAAAUAUUUAGAGAGAGAGAGAGUUGCAAGUUCACCUAAUGCUCCAGCCACCUCUAAAAGCUGGAAGCUGCUCUGAGGUUGUGCUGGCACAUGCAACUGAGAGACUGAGAAUCAUGGACCACAUGGAACGAGCACAGUGAGGUGGUUUUUAAAACCAGCUCAGUCCUCAGGCUCCCUCCUGCCACAGUUCAAGCAGGGAAAGUUACUGAGCUUUCAGUGAGGCAGUAGAAGCACCCCUGGGCAGAGGUGGUGGGUUACAGCAGAACUAAGCCCAUGAGUUCUGCACGGUCAGGAAUGGCGUUGGCUGUUCUAGGGCCUGGUUUAAAAAACAAACCUCAAACCCAACAACAGCAAAACCCAGAAAACCAUUUGUAAUGUCCAUGAGGUGAAUUCCUCUCCUCCUCACCCUGAUACUGGGAUUUCAUGUUUCAUUUGAAAAAACAAAACCAGGAAGAAACUUUUCACAAGCUUGGCUCUGAGAUGCUGUGUGUUGAUCCCAGCCAGAGUUGCCCCAUAAAACUGUUGAAAAUCAGCUUUCCACAAAUGUAAUUUGUAACAAAUGGCAGUAACUCACUGGGAUUGCACCAAGAAAUGUGUAUUUCACUGCAGCUGUUUUGUUAACAGAUCAGUCGUGUAAAUUCUUUAUCUUUACCAAGCGUAAAUGAAUUUGGUUGUUUGGUUCUACAUUUCCAAAGCACCAUUUCCAGGACCUUUUAUGAUCUUUCUGCUGGGAAAAAAGGCUUCUUCAGAUACACCUCAGACCUGCAGAUUAAUUUGAAACUGUUUAAAACUUUCUCGUGUCAUUUAAGGUUUCUUUUCAAAGUGUAGAAAAAGAUUUCAGUGUAGUCUUACAGGAUAAAGUUGACUUAAUGCAGUCUAGAAUGUCAGUCUGCUUUGUUAAAGUUACUGCUGGAUUUUUCCUGUAUAGAAACAUUUCUCAGUUGUGAAAUCCAAAGAUGAAUAAAGCUGUAUAAAGGGAA